CCUCCGGAAAUUUGGGCUUGUAUUAAUGUUUUAAUGAUAAAGUUUGGUCGCCGUGUCCCUACACAUCAUUCCGCCUGAGAUUUUUCCGAGCGAACCUACGGUCCCGACAUCGACACUCCUCUCUUCUCUCUCUCGUUCCCAACACUAACGACAACCCUCACUGUCUCUUCGCAGCAUUCAAUUUUUCCAUUAAAACCCUAAGCUACAGCCUCAUUGCCGAAGUUUGGCAUUCCGUUUCCUGGAUUUUGAAUUGAAAGUGCAAAUGCUCAAUUGAUUACGUGAUGAUAUCGUCCAAGCAAUUGUUACGGCUUUAAUCUUCAUAACCGGGGGCGUAGAAGCAGAGGGAAUACGACCAAGGUCUAGGAUUCUAGUUUCGGUGAUCUAAUUCAUCCUGCUAAGAUGAGGCUUGUGACUGAUUCACCGGUGCACUCAUCCAGCAGUGGUGAUGACUUUGCUGCAUAUCUGGAUGCGGAGCUGGAUUCGGGUUCUUCAGACUCACCAAGUGAUCAAGAGGUUGAGGCUUAUGAUAUUGAACCAGAUGAAAAUGCUGAGGAUUAUGAUGAUCAUGAAAGUGAAAGGACGAAAAGGUUGAAGGUGGAGGUGCAGGAUGUAUUAGAUCCUGAAGGAUCGAUCUCUCCAUUUGUGAUGGAAAAAAACGUAGAAUUAUCUGUGGGGAAGGAUAUAUGCACACAUCCAGCAUCUUAUCAAAAUAUGUGCAUUGUCUGUGGGAAAGAAUUGAAUUUUGAAUCUGGUGUCUCAGUUGGGUACAUACAGCAGGGGUUAAGGCUUGGGAAUGAUGAAAUGGUUAGAAUACGUAAAGCAGACCUGAAAAAUCUGUUACAUAGCAAGAAGCUUUACUUGGUUCUUGAUCUUGAUCAUACGCUUCUUAAUUCUACUCUUCUCACAAAGUUGACACUUGAGGAGGAAUAUUUAAAAGGUCAAACUGAUCCAUGUCAAGAUAUUCCAAAAGGCAGCCUAUUCCAGUUGGACUCUAUGCCUAUGAUGACCAAGCUGAGGCCCUUUGUUCACACAUUUCUCAAGGAAGCGAGUGAAAUGUUUGAGAUGUACAUCUAUACAAUGGGUGACAGAGCCUAUGCCUUAAAAAUGGCCAAGCUGCUUGAUCCCAGUGGAGAGUACUUUAACGCUAAAGUGAUCUCACGAGAUGAUGGCACCCAGAAACAUCAAAAGGGUCUUGAUGUGGUGCUAGGGGACGAAAGUGCCAUUCUGAUCCUUGAUGACACCGAAAGUGCAUGGCCAAUGCAUAAGGACAAUUUGAUAUUGAUGGAUAGAUAUCAUUUUUUUGCUUCAAGCUGUCAACAGUUUGGUCUCAAGUACAAGUCUCUCUCUCAGAUGAAUAGUGAUGAAAGUGAGAUUGAAGGAGUACUUUCCUCUGUUCUUAGAGUGCUAAGGCAAAUCCACCAUAUGUUCUUUGAUGAACUAGAUGGCAAUCUGGAUAACAAAGAUGUGAGACAGGUGUUAAAGACAGUUAGAAACGAAAUUCUGAAGGGAUGUAAAAUUGUUUUCAGCCAUGUUUUCUCCAUCAAAUGCCAGGCUGAUAAGCAACCUCUCUGGAUAAUGGCAGAGCAGUUAGGAGCCACAUGUUCCAAAGAACUCGAUCCGUCUGUGACACAUGUGGUCUCAGAGGAUGCUAGAACAAAGAAGUCUCGUUGGGCAGUGAAGGAAAAGAAAUUUCUGGUCCAUCCACGAUGGAUAGAAGCAGCUAAUUUUUUGUGGCAGAAGCAACCUGAGGAGAACUUCCCUGUUGCAAGAGGUACUACCGACCCUCAGCGGGGGUAGAUAGCUUCUAAGACUCCCUUUCACUUUGGAACCAUAAAUUGAUUGUGUUAAACUUCACCAAAUCAGCCCCUAAAAAAUAUAGGUGGUAGAGUUUAAUUGGAAAAAUUGAUCGAGAUUGCCAUACUGUUUAUGGCUCUCAUAUAUCUUUUUUGUAUUCACGGUGAAAUUUUUUUUGCUUUUCCAUUUUUUAACACCUCAGCGAUCAUCAUUUUCGUAGAUUACAAGUUAAUCGACACUCGGAUUUUAUACAGCGUCUGAUCCUGUAAAUAGUGCUCUUUUCUCAUAGGCA